CCAUCCGCCAUAUUGUGUUACUCUCGCGAAGUGGCAAGGAAAAACAUUGUGAUCACGUGGCGAAAAUUUUUCCUUUAACAAAUAAACGAACGUUCACGGAAGAAUCGAAGAAUCUUUACGAAACGUUCGAUUAACAUUUGUCCUUGAUCAUAUUGUCGUGAAAAAUUCAAUUCUAACGUUAAUAUCCCUACGGGAAGAAUUUUAAUAAGAGAGAAAGAAAAAGAACAAAAGUGUGGAAAAAAGAAAGAAGACCGAUUAACGAAACUGUUAUCAACAAUUAUUACCGUGGAUUUCGAGUAUGUCAUCCACACCUUAUCAAAUUAUAAAGUGGAGUUUUCCAGCAGUUGCUUUGAUAGUUGGUCUUUUUUGGUACAAAAGAAGACGCGUAGAGAGAGCUGAUCCAGGUGGAAUAACCACAUCAUCAACAAACGUAUUAUACGAUACUAAUAUUGAUAAAUUAAAAAUUAGUCAUUCGCGAGAGAACGUUGUUGAUUUUUCUGAUACUGGUAUUAAAGUUAAUGAUUCUUACUCGAGUUUACAUGCUCAGAGUAUGGAAGAACCAAUUAGUAAUUGUAAAGAAAUUAGCGAGAAACGAAUAGCUAUAUCUACAAUGAUGCCAGUAACAACUGUACCUAUUUUAAUGCCAGUGGCAGCAGAUACAUUGAAAGAAAAUCAACCAUGGUAUCAGGAGGUUGAAAAUAUUUAUAAUAAUGAAACAUGCGAACAGAAUCCCAUGACUGGCAGUGACAACAUUCAAAUGGUUAACGGAAAUAUGGACGACAUUAAUUAUUGCAAUGAUGUAGCCGAUAAUAAAGACGAAAUAGCGCAAAAUGUAUAUGUAAAUAAUGUCAAUAUAGAAGACAAUAAUACACAAUUAUUAUUAUCGUUACCAUCAACUUCCACGGAUAAUAAAGAAAAUGAGAUCAAUCAUACGGCAGAUUUAAACGAACAGACACAAAAUGAUUCUCCCGAGGAGGAAAAUAAAACUCAAACUCAAGCAUUGUCGGAAAGAGAUUCGGCAAAUUACAGUCCAGUUUCUGGCGUUUUAGAAGGAAGUGUUACAGAUGAAGCCAGAAGUGAAGGAAGUACUGACAGCGGUAAAGGUGGAAGUAUAGAAGGACAAAUGAAAGAAGAUGGUACGACAUACGUAUACGAGUUCGUUAUUCGUAAUGAUUUAGUUGGUAAACUAAUUGGUCGCCAUGGUUCUUUCUUACAAAAUAUUCAUUCUAAAUCUGGCGUUCAUAUUGUCGUCAAACGUCAUCCCAUAUCGAUGAAUGACAGGAUUUGUACUAUCCAAGGCUCUAAUAAUGGUAUUUGCAUAGCUUUGGAUAUUAUAAGGAGAAAAUUUCCUGAGAAAAAAUAUCCCGAUUUAACUCUGCAACAAAUUAUUCCAAUGGCGAUAGUAAGUGAAGUUAUUCCUAUGAUUCCCAUGACUAGACAAUUAACUUUAAUCGAGGAAGUUAAUAACGAUGCCUCGGUGUGUUAUGUGAUGAAACCAAACAGACUCUUUUUACAACUUCCUACACACCCAACGUAUCCCAUGUUAAGAAUAUUAGAUGCAAACAUGAGCGAAUUAUACAACACCAAGGCACCACCUGUUGCGGAUGAAAUUAUGAAGGGAUUGGUUUAUGCUGCUCCAAUAGAUGACGGCAAAUGGGCCAGAGUAUGCGUUGUUGAUCCUGAUCCAUAUGGCCAAACUACUUUAGUACGACUAGUUGAUCAUGGCGGUUAUCGUACUUAUCCCAACUCUAGUCUGAGAAAAAUAAGGACAGAUUUUCUCUCACUACCUUUCCAAGCGAUUGAAGUAUUCCUCGCUAAUGUAAAACCAAAAAAGGGCGAAUGGCAUCCGGAUUCGUUGCGUGUCAUCGAGCAAAUAGUUACAGGAAAAGUAGGAUUGGCACAAAUCGCAGCCUAUAUUGAUACAGAAGUUCACGUAAAUCUGUUCUUCAAUAUUAUCAAAUAUGGGAUAAUUUCUGUUGCCGAUGAAUUAAUAGCGCGUGGAUACGCAGAACCUGUAUCAUGGGAGGAGUGCCUGAUGUCUAGCGAAAUUACAGAGGUAUCUUAAUAGAAAAAUACUUAAAUUGAAUUAUUUAUAAGUCAUACACUUGCUAAGAAGCGUGUAUGUACAAAUGGACAUAUUGUGAAUUUUGUGAUCGUGUUUGAUUGUCCUGUGUGAAUGAAAUGAAUUAAUGUAUAAGUUCAAAUUUACGGGGUAAAAAAACAUUAAUUUUUAAGUUUCACAACGUCUUAUUAUGUAAUAAGAGUUUUUGUUUUUUUUUUGUUGUUUUUUUUUCUUUCUUUCUUUUCAUACACAUAUACUUAAACAACAAAUUGUAUAAAAAAAAAAAAAAAAAAUUAUUUGUGUUUAAUCUGACAUGAGUAUCCCUUUCAUGAUCAACAGGGACGAUACUGAAUCAACAAUUUUAAUACUCUAUUAUCUAAUCUAUUAAAUCUUAUAGCAUUUAAAUGCGAACAAAAAAAUUAUAAUUAAUAAUUAUCGAAUUAAUAUGAUGAUGAUGAUGAUGAUGAUGAU